AUGAAAGUUGUGAUUUUAUUGUUUGAGAAAGAUCAAAACUCGAUAAUUCCAUGGUGUGGUGCUUUUCCUCAAACAACAGAUUUAAUUAAAAAAGAACUCCUUGAUUUUUCGAAACAAACCGCUGACAAACAAUCACUUCUUCAUUUUGCAGCUGCAUACAACAAUAUGGAAAUUUGUAGAUUUAUAUUGAAUUCUCCAGGAGUUGUUAAAAUUGAUCCUAAUUUGAGAGAUAAAAAUGGAAAAACAGCUCUGCAUUAUGCUGCAGAAAAUAACAGUGAAGCAAUCUCAUGGUUACUUAUUUCUCUUGGUGCCGAUAUAGAUGCAAAAGAUAGUAAAAAGAAAACUCCUCUUCAUUAUGCCGCGAAGAAUAACUGCAAGAAAAUUGCCACUUUUCUUAUUACACAUAAGGCUGAUAUUUUUGCAAGAGAUAAUAAAAACCAGACAGUUCUUCAUUUUGCAGCAGCUAACAAUAGUAAAGAAACAGCAGAAUGUCUUAUUUCCAAUGGAGCUCCAUUAGAUGAAAAAGACUCAAAUGGAUUUACAGCUGUACAUCAAGCUGUUAGGAAUAGUAGUAAAGAUGUAUUAUCUAUUCUUUUAUUGCAUGGUGCAGAAAUAAAUUCAAUAGAUAAUUAUGGAAAGACAGCUCUUCAUCAUGCAGUUUCAAACAAAAACAAAGAACUUGUAUCGAUAUUACUAUCAAACAAAGUAGAUCCAAAUAUAAAGGAUAAAAACGACAAGACUGCACUGCAGAUUGCAAGAGACAAUAAAAGCAAGGGAAUAAUUGAACUUCUUGCCCCUCUAACUACAGAAGAAAAUGAAGCGAAAGAAACUACUCAUAACAAUGUUAUUGGGAAUAUUGAAUCAAGUUCUAAUGGAUCUGCUGAGAUUUCUUAUACUCUAGAUAAGUCAACACCUCAGAAAUCUACCUUUUUCAACUCACUUAGCAAUGAAUCAGCAACACCUUCUCAAAAUUCUCCAUUCAAGAAUAUAAUGAACAAGCAUCCAGCGACGCCCGCCCAAAUUUCUCCAUUUAGUGGUAUAAAGAACAUUCAAUCAACACAACCUCCUCAGCAAACUGCAUUAGACGGUCCUAUGAUCAGUCAGCAAGCAACAUCAAUUCAAGGUGUUGUAAAGCUCAAUCAACAAACUACAAAAAUUAAUCAAUCUACAUCACCAUUUCAACAUCCUUGGAAAAUAAAUCAAUCAGAAACUCACAUUCAACAAUCUCCAAGGAUCAGUCAACCAGAAACUUCUUUACAACAAACCACAAGAACUAAUCAACCAACACAAGUUCAACAAACUCCAAGAACUAAUCAACCAACACAAGUUCAACAAACUCCAAGAACUAAUCAACCAGCACAAGUUCAACAAACUCUAAGAACUAAUCAACCAGCACAAGUUCAACAAACUCCAAGAACCAAUCAACCAGCACAAGUUCAACAAACUCCAAGAACUAAUCAACCAACACAAGUUCAACAAACUCCAAGAACCAAUCAACCAACACAAGUUCAACAAACUCCAAGAACCAAUCAACCAGCACAAGUUCAACCAAAACUAAUAGCUAAUAAAUCAGCACAAGUUUUACCACCACCACCACCAAUAGCUAAUAAACCAGCACCUGUUCAGCAAAUUCCAAGGAAUCAUCAACCAACGCCUCUUCAACAAACUCCUAUAGCUAAUCAACCCACACAUGUUCAACAAACCCUCAGAACCAAUCAACCAACACAAGUUCAACAAACUCCAAGAACCAAUCAACCAACACAAGUUCAACAAACUCCAAGAACUAAUCAACCAACACAAGUUCAACAAACUCCAAGAACUAAUCAACCAACACAAGUUCAACAAACUCCAAGAACUAAUCAACCAACACAAGUUCAACAAACUCCAAGAACCAAUCAACCAACACAAGUUCAACAAACUCCAAGAACCAAUCAACCAGCACAAGUUCAACAAACUCCAAGAACUAAUCAACCAACACAAGUUCAACAAACUCCAAGAACUAAUCAACCAGCACAAGUUCAACAAACUCCAAGAACCAAUCAACCAGCACAAGUUCAACAAACUCCAAGAACUAAUCAACCAACACAAGUUCAACAAGUUGCAAGAACUAAUCAACCAGCACAAGUUCAACAAACUCCAAGAACUAAUCAACCAGCACAAGUUCAACAAACUCCUAUAGCUAAUCAACCCACACAUGUUCAACAAACCCUCAGAACCAAUCAACCAACACCUGGUCAACAAACCGCAAGAAUUAAUUUACCAUUGCCUCCUAAGCCUGCAACUUUACAGCCAAUUCCAAGUCCUUCUAAAUAUAAAGAUGGCAAAACACCUCUGCAUAUUGCUGCUAAGAAUAAUAAUAAAGAUAAAGCGGAGUUUCUUAUUUCUCAGGGUGCCGAAAUCAGUGCAAAAGAUUUCGAAUCCGGAAAAACACCUCUUCAUUAUGCCGCCGAGAACAAUAGUGUGGAUGUUAUUGAUGUUCUUCUUUCUCAUAGCGCUAAUAUCAAUGGAAAAGAUAAAGAUGGGAGAAACGCACUUCAUUUAGCUGCCAUGAAUAAUAAGAAAGAAGCAGCAGAACUCCUCAUUUUCCGCGGAGCAAAUGUCAAUGCUAAAGACAACAACGGAUUCACUCCUCUUCAUUUUGCGGCACAAAACCCAAGAAAGGCCAUUGCUGAAGCUCUAAUUGCUAAUGGAGCUCACCUCAAUGCCAAGGAUAAAGAAGGCCAUAUACUACUCCAUUACGCUGUUCUCAAUAAUAGAAAAGCCACAUCAGAGUUGUUAAUAGAGAAUGGUUCCAAAAUUAAUAUGAAGGACAAAGAUGGAAAGACUCCAGUUCACUUUGCAGCUGAAAACAAUCGAAAAGGAACCGAAAAACUCCUCAAAUCAUAUGGUGGCAAUUUUAAUAUUCAGGAUAACAAUGGUUAUACUGCUCAAGAUUACUCUACACCACCACCUCCCAGAUACUAUUCUCAAUAUAAUCAGAGAACUAGUAGCAACAAUGAUCCAUGUCGAAUCUCCUAA